CCACAAGACCAUCUUCAGACUACCCAAGAAGAUGAUGGCCCUCUGGGGGGAGGAACUCUCAUGGAUAUGUGACUUGGAGUUAGACUCAGGCUCAACAUGUAUUGAGAGAGGUGUAAUAGAUGGUCUCAAUAUCUUCUUCGUCGUUCUUUUCAUUCUUGUUUCUGCAGUUUCCGGAUUUCGCAAUUGCUUAAUCCGUGCAGAUAGAGCAAGAUCUUGGCUUUUCAUAGCUGUUCCAGUACUAUGUGCUAUAACAAGUGCUCUUCAUUUUGGUGCCGGCUUUUGGCCUCUAAUAUGGAAGAAAAAUGCAUCAAUGAAUUUAAAUUGGAUUAUCCAUCUCGUUCGCGGAUUGAUUUGGAUGGUCUUAGCAAUCUCCCUAUACAUUCAGAGGCUCAAAUGGGUAAGAAUUUUGAGUCUGGUCUGGUGGGUCUCUUUCUCUCUCCUUGUAUCAGCCAUAAAUGUUAUCAUUCUCGUGAGGGGCCAUACACUUCGUAUACUGGACUUGGUUUCAUGGCCUGUGAGCUUAUUGCUUCUCCUCUGUUCUCUGCAACUUUUCAGAAUUUUGAUCUCUCAAACGACAUUAUAUGGCAGUCUAUCUGAGUCCCUGUUGAACAAAAACAUGGAAAGAGAAAGAACAAGAAACAGGAUAGGCUUCUUUAGCCACCUUACCUUCUCUUGGAUCAACCCUUUACUGCGCUUAGGCCACAGAAAACCCUUAACUCUUAGAGAUAUCCCACCUUUACCAUCCGAGGAGGAGGUGCACCUUGCUUAUGAGGCCUUUUCUCAAGCUUGGGAAGCUCACAGAAGAGAAAACCCAAGUUCCAAAAGCUCUGUUCUCAAAACCUUAAUUGCAUGUUAUUUUAGAGAAAUGAUGGUGGUGGGAAUCUAUGCAUUGGUUCGAACAAUCUCAAUUGCAGUUUCCCCCCUCUUACUCUAUUCCUUUGUAGAAUUUACAGGCCAAGAAUACCAUAAAAACAAGUACCAGGGUUUAUUUUUAGUAGGAUGCUUAGGUGUUUCAAAAGUUGCAGAGUCUCUAUCUCAAAGGCAUUGCUUUUUCGAUUCUAGAAGAGUGGGUAUGAAGAUGAGGUCAGCUUUAAUGGCUGCUGUCUAUCAAAAACAACUUAAGGUCUCUAGUUUGGCUAGGAGGAGGCAUUCUACGGGGGAAAUUGUGAAUUAUAUAGCGGUUGAUGCCUAUCGAUUUGGGGAGUUUCCAUGGUGGUUCCACACCACUUGGUGCUCCCUCCUCCAAUUGAUCCUUUCUAUAGUGAUUCUCUUUCUAACUGUAGGUUGGGGUGCUCUUCCUGGCCUAGUUCCAAUCAUAAUUCUCUCUCUACUAAACAUACCCAUUGCUAAGAUUCUCCAAAAUUGUCAGACACAAUUCAUGGGAGCCCAAGAUGAGAGGCUUCGGGCCACUUCUGAGAUCUUAAACAACAUGAAGAUAAUAAAGUUGCAGGCUUGGGAAGAGAAGUUCAGGAGUUUGAUUCUCUCUUUAAGAGAUCAUGAAUUCAAAUGGUUGGCUUCUGCCCAAAUUAAGAAGUCCUACGGAAGUGUACUCUACUGGAUGUCUCCCAUUUUUGUUUCUGCAGUGGUAUUUGCAGGUUGUUUGGCAAUGGGAACUGCCCCUCUUAAUGCUACAACUAUUUUCACAGUUUUAGUUACUCUAAGGGUCAUGUCUGAACCAGUGAAAGUGUUACCUGAAGCUUUCUCUAUCUUAAUUCAGGUUAAGAUAUCUUUGGAUCGUUUAGAUCGAUUCUUGUUAGAUGACGAACUCAGGCCUGAGAAUGUGAAGAGGUACCCUGUUCAGGAAACUGAGUAUAACAUUAGGAUUCGUGGUGGAAAUUUUAGUUGGGACCCUGAUUCACAUGAUCAUACAUUGAGAGACGUUAACUUAGAGGUAAUUAAGGGAAAGAAGGUUGCAGUUUGUGGACCUGUUGGUGCUGGAAAAUCAUCUCUUUUGUAUGCAAUGCUUGGUGAGACAUCCAAAGUCUCUGGAACAGGUUACUACCACUCGUCUGCAAGGGAAUUAGUUAGGAUUAAUGGAACAACAAAGGCUCCUGUUAUGAACUGUGCAGCUGAAACAUCUCUUGGUGUGGUAACAAUAAGAGCUUUUUCAGCGAUGGAGAGGUUCAUCUACCAUAAUCUAAGACUUAUAGACACAGAUGCAAGGCUAUUCUUUUAUACAAAUACGGCGUUAGAGUGGGUGCUUUUGAGAGUUGAAGCACUCCAAAACAUAACCUUAUUCACUGCCACCAUUUUCCUAGUUUUGGUUCCUCCUGGUACCAUUACUCCUGGAUUUGCAGGACUAUCGCUCUCUUAUGCCCUGAGCCUGACCAGUUGCCAAGCUUUUCUAACUCGAUGGCAAUGCCAACUUGCCAAUUACAUCAUCUCAGUAGAGCGCAUAAAGCAAUUCAUGAAUCUUCCCUUAGAACCACCAGCAAUCAUUGAUGAAAACAGGCCCCCAGAUACUUGGCCUGUCAAUGGUCAGAUUGAUUUACAGGAUCUGAAGAUAACGUAUAGACCGAAUUCUCCUCUUGUUCUCAAAGGGAUUACAUGCACAUUUGAGGCAGGCAAGAGAGUGGGAGUUGUUGGAAGAACUGGCAGCGGCAAGACAACCUUGAUAAGUGCCUUGUUUCGUCUUGUUGAUCCUUUUAGCGGAAAAAUCCUCAUAGAUGGACUGGACAUUUGCUCCAUUGGUCUCAGGGACCUAAGAACUAAGCUCAGCAUUAUACCCCAAGAGCCAACUCUUUUCAAGGGUACGAUAAGGAGUAACUUGGAUCCUCUAGGCCUAUACAGUGACCAUGAGAUAUGGGAGGCCAUAGAAAAAUGCCAGUUGAUGGCCACUAUCCGCAGCCUCCCCAACCGGCUUGAUUCAUCCGUAAGCGAUGAGGGAGGGAAUUGGAGUGCAGGGCAAAGGCAGCUCUUUUGCCUUGGCAGGGUCCUUCUAAGAAAGAAUAGGAUAUUGGUUCUUGAUGAGGCAACUGCAUCCAUUGACUCAGCAACUGAUACUGUUCUCCAAAAGGUUAUAAGAAAGGAAUUCUCAAACUGUACAGUGAUAACAGUCGCGCACAGGGUGCCCACUGUCACAGAUAGCGAUCGUGUAAUGGUUCUUUCUUAUGGGAAACUUGUGGAAUACGAUAAACCAUCAAGCCUCAUGGAAACCAACUCUUCCUUUGCUAAGCUUGUGGCUGAAUACUGGGCUAACUGCACCAAGAACGCCCUAUAGAAGCAAGGGAUUGUCAAGAGAGAGAGAAUGAAGAGAGAGAGAGAGUCAACUUAAGAUGGAAGAGAGGAAGUGGAGGCAAUGUAUUGCUAUUAGCCCAUUCUAUGUAUAAUUUUGUUGUCAAUCAAAAUAAUUCGA